AUAUUCUUAUUUUGGCGGACACUGUCUGUUUCAUGGUCGAUGAAAAUGUCCAAACCUGCCAACUAUCGUUGAGAUCUGGGUAAAACCCCAAAAUUCUACCAAAAUUGGGAGAUUGGGAUACUGAUGUCUUUGUGACAAGCUUGUAAAUACUACUUGUUUUCCUUGUUCUCUCAUCUUGGUGUUAAGUUGCUCUUUUUCGAAAAAUGAUUUUUCGUUGUUAACUUAUCAGCAAUUGGAUUUCGCUAGAACUAUUUUAUAAUAUCAAGUCCUAGGACUUGGUUACUGGUCUUCAGUCUAGUGACAAAGCUAGACAUUUUGAUUUCAAAGUAAAAGGUACAUUUUUCACACACUCCUUAUCUUUCAGUCAGAAUUUGCUUAAAUUUGUAACGUUCUGAAGUCAUCUUGUGUAUCUUGCUCUUUAAAAUAGAUUCUUCUAACCAGCAAUCCACUGACCUAGAUUAAUUUUUGAGAUCAACCUUCACGAUCUAUUUAAUAAAACAAGGGAUACAUCUAGUCGUGCUUUUUGGAAGUGAAAGAAUAAGAUAAGGUGAAAAAUUCGCCUAGAGCAAGUCUCCCGAAAAUCAAAAUGUGCCAAAAUUACUACAUUUUUGACACCUGUUAUAGAAUAUCAUAACUUAUUGAUACUGAAGAAUAUAAUCUAUAUUAUUUGAAACUCAGUGGCUGAUAUUGCUAACAGUAUGUGUAAUACCUAACAUUUUUUUAUUUAAAAAUCAAUGGAAUUGCAUGCUACGUGGAGUGAAAUCCGUUGUCGGUACACCUGGUAAACACCUAUGGGAAAUAUAAUUAUAUACAAAACUGUGCUUUGGAACGUGUUUUUUUAUGUUUUUAAACCGCGAUCAUUAUAUAUAUAUGCAUUAAAAAUGUACUGCUUAGAUUUACCCCACGUUUUUAAAUGUGCAGAUAUAUGGAUAAACCAUAUGAUGAAACAGUUGAUGUGCCAGAUUCAGAAGAUAUAGCAACACCACGACUGCAACAGUCUCUUGCUGAAAAUUUUGAUAGAUUUCGAGUUGACCAUUUAGAUUCUCAUAGAGAUAACAGUAAAUCAUUAAGAAAAACAAAGAGUGAAUUAUUAAAUAAAUCAAUUAAAACUACACCAAAAUCAAUCAUUGAAAAGAAGCCAAACAAUGAGAAAUUAAGUAGUCAAGAUAGUUCCGGCGAUGACGAUGAUGAGGAUGAUGAGGAUGAUGAUGAUGAUGACGACGAUGAUGAUGAAGAUGAUGAAGAUGACGAUGACGAAAAUUCUAAUAUCCCUGAUGUCAUUGAAGGUGUCUACAAUCCGGCCGAUUAUGAACAUUUGACUGUAUCGUCUGAAAUUAAGGAAAUUUUUGAAUAUAUUCAAAGAUAUACACCUCAAACAAUCGAAUUAGAAACAAAGUUGAAACCAUUCAUUCCUGAUUAUAUACCAGCUGUUGGAGAUAUUGAUGCAUUUUUAAAAGUGCCCAGACCAGAUGGUAAACCAGAUUAUUUAGGUUUAUUGGUCUUGGAUGAACCAUGUGCUAAUCAGUCAGAUCCCAUAGUACUUAAUUUACAAUUGAGAGCUUUGUCAAAGCAAACUGCAACAAAACAAGUAAUAGUUAAAAGUAUUGAAAACGCUGAACAACAAACAAAAGUCAUAGAAAAUUGGAUUAAAAGUAUAACAGAUUUGUAUAGAGUCAAACCUGCACCAACUGUACACUAUACAAGGUCUGUCAGAAGCUAAUCUCUCAUUAACUGAUUGGCAAAUGUUAUAUUGGUAUUAUUCUUAGAUAUAUAUAAUGGAUGUGCUCACAACAUAAUAUUGAUUGGUUUGUUUAAAUCAAAUCCAACAUUGUUUUUAAAAGAAAUUGAUUUAUUCCCAAUUUUACAGAAACAUGCCAGAAAUAUCUGAACUUAUGGCUGUAUGGCCAACAUCUUUUGAAGAAACCAUAAAUAAUAUGCAAUUAUCACUAUCUGAGUUGGAUUGUAGUUUAAAAGAUUAUGUAGAUAUAAUCUGUGCACUUCUAGACAUUCCAGUUUACAACAAUCGAAUACAUUCAUUACACUUAUUAUUUUCUUUAUAUUUGGAAUUUAAAAAUUCUCAACAUUUCCGUCGAAAUGAAUCCGUCAUUACUUGAUGUAAUUACGAAAUAGCAAUGGUCAUUACAGUUAAAUAUCUUUGUACCUGUGAAUAUAUGAAUAUAAUUUUUACGAAUUGUUUUGCAUUUUACUUUGGAUAAUUUCCUCUAAAUUAGCACAUAGUUUUAAUUUAGUAUCGGAUAUAACUGCAUGAUGUUUUAUUCAACUACAGAGAAGUACAUAAAUAUAUAUUCUAAUUCAGUUUACUGGAACGAUUGCAGUAAGUAAAAUAAAUUGUAUAUGUUGAAUGCCAAUUAUAA